CUCCCGCCUCCUCCUCCGCCCUUGCCAUGCAGACAGCAGCCACGUCACCCAGCCUGCACUGGGACAGCUAAGCAGGCUCAGACUGGGAGGGACAUUCUGGGGGACAAUCCCCGACUUUGCACUGGCACACAGGAGGAAAAGGGCCGUAGGCAGAUCAUAGAGUAGGUAGAAAUUGUGUCUGAUAGAACAGAGAUUAAAUAUACCAGGAGGAGUGAGGGGACCAGUUCAUUCUGGAGGUAAGAAUAUCACUGGAGAAAGUUUUUAUACUAGGAAAGAGAGAGUUAACUCGUCUGCCAGGAGACAGGAACAGGGGACUCCAUAUCCACAGAGAAAGAAAGUUUAAUUGGGAGAGACAGUUUAACUGAUUCGGGACAGGCAAGGGAAAAGAUUCACUGCAGAGUUUUACCAGGUAACAGAGAGAAUCUCUUGGGAGAAACCAACAGAACUCCCCAAGCCCUUUCCUUUUCAAAUCUGCACUGAAUAAUUUGCCUCGGGGAAGUUCUCGGAGCAAUGAAUAUAUUCCGGAUCCUGGGAGAUGUCUCCCAUUUGCUGGCUAUGAUCAUAUUACUGGUCAAGAUCUGGAGAUCCAAGUCCUGUGCUGGUAUCUCCGGGAAGAGCCAGAUCCUUUUCACUCUUGUCUUCACGACCCGCUAUCUUGACCUGUUCACCACCUUCAUCUCACUCUAUAACACCGUGAUGAAGGUCAUUUUCUUGGUGUGCGCCUACAUCACAGUGUAUAUGAUCUACGUGAAAUUCCAGAAAACAUUUGACAGAGAGCAUGACUCCUUCCGUCUGGAAUUCCUCUUGGUCCCCGUCACAGGCUUGUCAUUUCUGGAGAACCACAGCUUUACCCCCUUAGAGAUCCUCUGGACCUUCUCCAUCUACCUGGAAUCAGUAGCCAUCCUUCCUCAGCUCUUCAUGAUCAGUAAGACAGGGGAGGCAGAGACUAUCACAACCCACUACCUCUUCUUCCUGGGUCUCUAUCGUGCGCUCUACCUUGCCAACUGGAUCUGGCGCUACCACACAGAAAAUUUCUAUGACCAGAUUGCCGUGGUUUCUGGGGUGGUACAGACCAUCUUCUACUGUGAUUUCUUCUAUCUCUACGUCACUAAAGUCCUGAAGGGAAAGAAGUUAAGCCUCCCAAUGCCAGUCUGAAAACAGCACCACACAACCCAAGAAGUUCCUGCAGAUGCAGUUCCAAGAUCACAGCUUUCUUCUGCCCCACAUUGACAAAAAUGGCUCAGCUAAGAAUCUCAACUCAGCGCCAGUAAUAUAGUGAGGCUUGGAUGGCUGAUAAGCUCUUGAUCUGCGUAGGGCUUUUCCUUAAAUGUGUGCUAGUGUUUUUGCUUAAGUGAAUUUUGUACUGGUGAAUGGUUCUGGCUAGUGACUGAAGUCCUCUAUUCUCAUAGUAGAUACAGAAGUGCAAGCUUUAUUCUCUUUUCCUCCCCCAACCCACUUCCAAAAUCUGCAUCAAACCUGACCCUUUAAGGGAUCAUCUCAAGGAGAGAAAAGUUUGGUUUCCACAGCCUAUUUUUAAGUCUUUCAAAGACUGCCAGCUGUAAAACAGUUACUCAGUUCUUAGCAAACAGGUACCCAAAACACCAAAAACCACCAAUCCAUUUCAUAUUGGGAAAACUGUGGCAGACAGACCACUUACAAUUACUGCCAUUUGUUUGCAGUGUUCUUGCAGCCAUGUGAUUACUGCCACUUAAGCCAAUAUGGACUGGUAAUCAAAGAGGUGCAAUUCCCCAUAUCCCAGUCUAUCUAGGCCCUGUAAUAUUUUUAAGGGAACAUCUUUCCAUUAAAAUGGCACGGAUGACAUCUGAAGAUCUUUCAAUAUUGUAAAUAUUCAAACAUUCUGCUCUACUCAACCCCUUUCGAUCAUAGUCCCUGAUGUUCCACUGAUAGCGAGCAUUUUUA